AAUUUUCAUUCUUUCUACCGGCAACAUGAAACUCCUAGCUUUGACUUUCUUGGCUCUGGCAGCGCUCGCCUCCGCGAGGAACAUCAACCUCGAGGAUGUGAUCGAUCUUGAAAUGAUAACUGCAUACGAUUAUCACAAUAAGAUCGGAAUACCAUUAGCUGAGAAGAUUCGCAAAGCUGAGGAAGAAGCCGAACUAAGCUCUUCCAGAAUUGUUGGGGGAUCUAGUGCCAGUCUUGGACAAUUCCCUUACCAGGCUGGCCUCAUCAUUGAAGCUCCAGCAGGCACGGGUGUUUGUGGUGGUUCUUUGCUGAACUCAAGGAGAGUACUUACUGCCGCUCACUGCUGGCAUGAUGGUAUAAGCCAGGGUCGGAGCAUGACAGUUGUUCUUGGUUCAAUCCGUAUAUUCAGUGGUGGUAUCAGGAUGGUUACCUCCAAUGUCGCCGUACACGCCAACUGGAAUGCUUUAUUUAUUACCAAUGACAUUGCCAUGAUAACUUUACCCUCUGCUGUGUCCACUUCAAGCAGCGUUGGUUUUAUUGCUCUGCCAUCUGGUAAUGAGCUGAACAACGAUUUCGCCGGUUUUACCGCCACAGCAUCUGGUUUCGGACGUACCAGAGAUGGUGGAGCCGUCAGCGAUACCCUGAACCACGUGAACUUGCCUGUGAUCACCAACGCUGUAUGCCGCAACACCUUCAUAACGAUCCAGUCUUCCAACGUAUGCACUAGCGGUGCCAACGCCCGGAGCACCUGCCAAGGAGACUCUGGUGGCCCUCUUGUGGUUACCAGCAACGGAAGGCGCAUCUUGAUUGGUGUGACCUCCUUCGGACAUAGAGAUGGCUGCCAGCGUGGCUUCCCCGCUGCCUUCGCUAGAGUUACCUCCUUCAUCAGCUGGAUCAACCAACGUCUUUAAGUGCUCAAAUUGUAGAAGUUCCACGGUUACGGAUGACUACUUUUUUGUCAAUGAUAAAUAAUAAAAUGCAAUGAAAAAUUAA